GCCGCGCCAUGUGCCGCCGCCCGCCGCGGGUCCGCGCCGCGCUCGCCGCCGCUGCUGAGCGUGCGAGGGGCGGGCGGGCGGCGCGGCCGGGGCGGCCCGUGCGGCGGAGCGAGCGCCGGCAGCGCGGCCGCGGGGAGAGCGGGUCCAUGGAGCACAACCACCUCCACCUCCACAACGGCUCCCUCCUGGCGCACCACCGCUAUGGCUGCGGCUUGGGGUACGCACCUGUCGUCUACUACAGCCUGCUGCUCUGCCUCGGGCUGCCGGCGAACAUCUUGACAGUCAUCAUCCUUUCCCAGCUCGUGGCUCGCAGGCAGAAGUCCUCCUAUAACUAUCUUCUAGCUCUAGCUGCUGCUGACAUCCUGGUUCUCUUCUUCAUCGUCUUUGUUGACUUCCUCAUGGAAGACUUCAUCUUAAACAAACAGAUGCCUCAGGUACUGGACAAAAUAAUUGAGGUCUUGGAAUUUUCUUCCAUCCACACCUCCAUUUGGAUUACGGUUCCGCUAACGAUCGAUAGGUACAUAGCUGUGUGCCAUCCACUGAAGUAUCACACGGUCUCCUACCCCGCUCGUACUCGAAAAGUCAUUGUAAGUGUCUAUAUCACCUGCUUUUUGACCAGCAUCCCCUACUACUGGUGGCCCAACAUUUGGAUCGAAGACUACAUAAGCACAUCGAUGCAUCACGUCCUCAUCUGGAUCCACUGCUUUACCGUUUACUUAGUGCCCUGCUCCAUCUUCUUCAUCCUGAAUUCCAUCAUCGUGUACAAGCUGCGGCGAAAGAGCAAUUUCCGACUGCGAGGGUACUCCACAGGGAAAACAACAGCCAUUUUGUUUACUAUAACUUCUAUUUUUGCCAUACUUUGGGCACCAAGAAUAAUCAUGAUAUUGUAUCACCUCUACGUAUCUCCUAUAAACAACAGCUGGGUGGUACAUAUUGUGUCGGACAUCGCCAAUAUGCUAGCACUGCUGAACACUGCAAUUAAUUUCUUCCUCUACUGUUUUAUUAGCAAAAGAUUUCGCACAAUGGCAGCUGCCACACUGAAAGCCUUCUUUAAGUGUCAGAAGCAACCCGUGCAAUUCUAUACAAACCAUAACUUUUCCAUAACAAGCAGCCCUUGGAUUUCCCCGGCCAACUCUCACUGCAUCAAAAUGCUUGUUUACCAGUAUGAUAAGAAUGGAAAGCCUAUAAAAAUAUCACCAUGAAAAGGGCAAUAGUUGGAGUUUCUGGGUGCAAGUUCUUUUCAAGAGGUUACAUCUUCAGGAUGUAAUUUGCUGCAAUGGCUCUUUUGAAGAGUGGUCAUUUGAUUUCAUUUCCCUGGGAGACCGAGGGCAGAUCAGACUGUUAGGAGGGAAGAGGAGCACUUGAUUUUAGGAGCAAAAGCGAGAAGGCAAACGCCUCCCUCUCUUACACAGCAUUUUGAAUAUGCUUCAGAGUUCAAGUCUUAGUGUUCAGUCGCACUCCAACGUUUUGCAUCCCAGCACCAGUGCAGCCCAAAGUCAUUGGAGGGGGGAAGCCGCAACAGCAUUUAAUUACAACCUCUUAAAACACAACAACAAAACCUUACUUGACCAUGCAGUUCACUAUCGCCAGAGCAAACGGAUGCUUUUAUGUACCGUGGAAGGUGCCAGUUCUGGUGCGUGCACUUGCCAAAAAUGAUGUGUUGUUUCUGACGCGAAAGACCACCGCACACAGUCUUGCUGUCGAGACCUCGCUGCAGGAGGCGGCCUGCGAGACACGAACUGUGACAAGCCCUUUUGGCUCGUUUGAACAAGGCUCAAGGACCGAUACCGUACCUGUUGCAGCCUUGGCAUGGAAAGCAAUCCUGCAGGCUGCCAACAUUCAUAUGUUUUAAGUUGUUAUUUAAG